AAGAUCCAAUAUUUUAUGCAUCCUUGCAUGCACCAAUUGUAUCAGGAUUCGGUUAUAAUAAUGAAAUAAACUAUCAAAAUAUGAAUCCACUUAAUGUAGAUGAGCAGAAUACUGAAGUAAUCAUUGAAAGCUCCCAAAACAGAAAUCAUGAAGAUGAUAUAAAUAAUCAUAUAACAUCUAUUGAAACCUUUUUUAAUCAUAUUUUAAAUGAUAUUAAAAAUAGUCAACAGCUUCUUAGAAGUCUCAUACAACAAAAGAAAACACCGAUCCAUAUUCAAUUAGAGUGCGCAAGAAAAGAACGGCGCCAAAAAAGGCACAUAAAUUAUCGAAGAACAUCUUAG